AUGAGUUGGGGCCCAAGCCUAGGGGCUGUUCUGUGGGUGGUGAUGGUCGGCUGCUGCGGGAAAUACUUCCUGUUUGGCUUCAACAUUGUCUUCUGGGUAUUGGGAGCCCUGUUCCUGGCCAUCGGCCUCUGGGCCUGGGGUGAGAAGGGCGUUCUCUCCAACAUCUCGGCGCUGACAGAUCUGGGAGGCCUUGACCCUGUAUGGCUGUUCGUGGUGGUUGGAGGCGUCAUGUCGGUGCUGGGUUUUGCUGGCUGCAUUGGGGCCCUCCGGGAGAACACCUUCCUGCUCAAGUUUUUCUCAGUGUUCCUCGGCCUCAUCUUCUUCCUGGAGCUCGCAACAGGGAUCCUGGUCUUCGUCUUCAAGGACUGGAUACGAGACCAGCUCAACCUCUUCAUCAACAACAAUGUCAAGGCCUAUCGGGACGACAUUGACCUCCAGAACCUCAUUGACUUUGCUCAGGAAUACUGGUCUUGCUGCGGAGCCCGAGGGCCCAAUGACUGGAACCUCAAUAUCUAUUUCAACUGCACUGACUUGAACCCGAGCCGGGAGCGCUGCGGGGUGCCCUUCUCCUGCUGCGUUAGGGAUCCUGCGGAAGAUGUUCUCAACACCCAGUGUGGCUACGAUGUGCGGCUCAAACUGGAGCUGGAGCAGCAGGGCUCCAUCUACACUAAAGGCUGUGUGGGCCAGUUUGAGAAGUGGCUGCAGGACAACCUGAUCAUCGUGGCCGGGGUCUUUGUGGGCAUUGCCCUCCUCCAGAUCUUUGGCAUCUGCCUGGCCCAGAACCUUGUGAGUGACAUCAAGGCAGUGAAGGCCAACUGGUGAGGCUGCCACGCUGGCCAUGGCUACCCGCCUGGCCUACCCAGGGACCUGCCACUGUGCCAUGACGGGCAUAGCUGCAGGAGGCAUUUCUGCUCGGACCCGAGCCCCAUGUGGGGCUUGUGUGUGGGUGUGCUAUGUGCCCACAGAGAAAGCCGCAUGACUCUGCCUGGGUUGCCUGUUCUGGACUUGUGUGCAUGGAGGUGUGCGUGUCAGUGUGGGUGUGCAGAGGGAGCCGCUGUCUCCACUGCUGCGUGGUAGGCUCUCCAGGGGACUAGGAAGGGCGCAGGCUGGACACACCUCUCCGCAUGGUGGUAUGGGGGAUGCUGGGGCCUGCUGUUGCCUGAGAUAUGGCCUCACGCAGCUUCAGAGUUCUCUAUUAGCUGUGACCUUGACCCUUCCAGGAUCUCACUUCAGCCUCAAUGUCUCAGACUCUAAAAUGAGUCCAAGAAUUUUUUCUCCCUUGCUUGCCUCUCAGGAUCAAACAUGAUGAUGGCUACAAACUACUCAAAUAAACAAGACCUUGAAAACCACUGGCUUACCUCCACCAUCUGGUUCUGUCAGCUGCAGGGUCCCUGGCCCGGACCCACCCUGUGCUGUUUUCUUCCACCUGGGUCGUGUAUACAUUUGAGCCAAACUUUAAAACUUGGUAUAUUUUAUAUAAAAGUCCAGAUCCCCGGCUUCUCUGGAAGAAUGGCCAUCUGGUGGCAGCAGCUCUUUAGUGGCAACGUCUCCUGGGGCACACACUUCCCAUUCUCUGAGGCCCUGCCUGACCCUGUAGGCUGGGAGUUGGCCUUCCCCACCUCUGUAGGGUUACUCCCUGCCAACACCUGGAGGCUUCUGUGGCCAAGCCUGGAGGGAAGCACAGGGACGUGAAGAAGGGAGGCUGGACCCUGCCUUGAAGAGGACAGGGAAUUGGGGGCUGACCCUGCUGGGGACUGAAAAUGGGUGGUUGAGGGGUGGGAUGGAGAUCAGGAAGGUUUUGGGAAGGAAGUAGCUGGAAGCCCACAGCUAGGGGUGGGGAGCCUAGUUGGGGGGUCAUUGAUGAUUGACUCCUGGGCUCACUACUUGGAAUCAAGUUAAAAAUCUUCCCAGAGGCCUACGGAGCUGCCUUUUGGCCACCAGAGGUCGUGCCAGUACAGCAUUCCUGCAUCUGGCUUUUCUCUGGCAACCUCACCAGGUAGUCAAGUGCCUGGUGUGUCCUCCCUGCUUACUAGUGCUUCCCUGGCUUUCUGAUAACUUGAAAACUUCUAAAGGAGCAAACUGACUCAGACUUGGGAAAGCCUGGCUGUUCUUACCAGCUCUGCCUCUUAUCAGUUGCAUGAAGGGAUGUGUGUGAAGUGACUGCCAUACCCCUUCCUGGGCUGCCCUUCGUGGCUAGUUCCCAGGUCUCAAACUCCGAUGUCCUGAGAGUUGGGUAGGUCAUAUUAUAGAUGAAUGAAGUUGCCCUUUGAGUAGUGAGGCCUUUGUAGUGCUACUUUGACUUUCCCAUUGUUACUGAAGAGAAACAUUGCUUUGUGACAAGAGAAAUGUAAGGGUGGGCAAACGUAGUUUUACAAUUGUUCAUAUUGAAAUUAAUAAUAAUACAAGAAUAAACUGUUUUGCAUACUCACAACUCUAAACCUACUUUUGCCCACCCUCUGUAAUGCACAAUCAAGUUGAUAAUGGCAACUGGCCUUGAGAGACAAUAGGGUAUGGUGGGGAUUAUGGCAAAGCAGAUUCCCAUCUCAAGCUGGUGGCUGUCAUGUAGUUGUAGCUAAUUGCUAUAAAGUGAGAAUGCAGGCCUAAUGUUAGUAAUCUGGAGGAGCCAGAAAUCCAGAUUUUUAUGAAAAAUAUUUUGAUUUUUAAGUUGUUGGCAACUAAUGAAAAAAACAAACCUGUGAUCCAAACAAAAGUUGUGGGGCCCACUUAGGCCCCUGUGCCACUGUAGAUCCUUCACCCACAGGGACCCUGGUUGCUUGUGCUGCCAGGUGAGCAAGGUGUGGGGCAUGCACCCAGCAUCAUGUCCUGGGGUCCCUGACGGGCACUGGUUGCAGGGGGUUAUAGGUGCUACAAUAAAUUCAGCUCACAGUUGUGUGCA